CUGGGAGAUGCAAGGGGAGAAAGCAUAAAAGAGUUAUAGAUUCAUACUUCACAUGAAGAUAACAUUGAUUCGUUUGAAAAUGGAAAAGAAAGAAAAAGAAAAAAGAAGGUAAAUUAAGCCUCUUUCAGACAGCUACCUGACCUCCCCGAUACUUGAACUCUCUCCCUCCCUCUCUCUCCUCUCAUUUAUAUAUAUUCUUACCAAAAACCCAACAAACAAUACAAUUCAAACUCAGAGAGUCACCCCAUUGCCCUACCAGGAGGUUCACACCUCUCUCUCUCAACCUCUCCUGCAUAGACAACAAACUCUUUUCAGUCUACUUAUUACUACUAAUUAACACACGCCCGCACUCACACUCUCCCUCCUACACAAAUCCCACCAAGGACCACACCCUUUUCAGUUUGUUAGCUACUUCUCUUUCAAAAGAUCACAGGCACUUUUCCAUAACCCUACCCCCCACAAAAGAGAUAUCAAGCGAGAAAAAAAUGAACAUGAACGGUCUUGAAUCUCAACGAAGACAAGAACCCUUGAAAAGAAGAUGGCAAGAGAUAACAAGUGUCCCAAACAUGAGCCAGUUCCCCAGGCCAACUUCUUCUUUACCCAAUUUCAUGACCAAGCCUAUAACCUUUCCUGGCUUCGAAGAUGAUGAUCUUGUUUCUACCAUGAUCCCUCCGGUGACAGUUGUUCUCGAGGGCCGUUCGAUCUGCCAGAGAAUUAGCCUUCAUAAGCAUGCAAGCUAUCAUAGCCUUGCGAAGGCUCUAAGGCAGAUGUAUGUUGACGGAGGCAGCGAUUCCGGAGGUUCGACAGCAUCAUCAGCAUCAGAGAGUGUCAGUGAUCAUGAUCUUGAUCUCACAAAUGCUGUUCCUGGUCAUCUCAUCGCCUAUGAAGACAUUGAAAGUGAUCUCCUUCUUGCUGGUGACCUUAACUGGAAAGACUUUGUGCGUGUGGCGAAGAGGAUUAGGAUAAUGCCAGCGAAGGGGAAUUCAAGGAAGAGAACAGGAGGGGCGGCCUAGGGGCUGGGUUGCUAUACAUUGUCUGGCUGUGAUGGUUGUCUUGAUCAAGAUGUAAGAAGUCAAGGAGGUUAUACAGUUUAAUAUUUUAAAAAUCAGGGUUUAUGAUUUUGCAAUGGAAAAUAUAUAUGUCACCUAGCUAGCUAGAUUUCUUGGGAAGGACGACCUCGUUUCCUUCUUUGAAUAAAAUAACUUUAUCUCCCACAUUCGGUUGUUCACGGAUGUUGUUUUAUUUCUAGCAGCUCUAAUGUAUGUGGCCCAUGCAUUUGCCCU